AUGUUGGCGUCUUCGCCCUCACCUUCCUCUGCAGCCCUGCGCUCACCUUUGCAGACGUCCUCGGGCGCUGCCUCUCACCCUCCCCGUUAUGAACCCACUGGCGCUCCCCACUUCAAUAGUCCCCGUUCCUCGCGCCUGGCUAUUGACGAGCUCCGAUCGGCCUUGAAUCGGCAUACCGUCGAUCCCUCAUCCCCUGAAUUCUCAGGGGAUCUUCACCGGAGACGUCUAUCCGCCUCCACGGCUGCCACAAAGACCCCUGUCACCCACAGUUCCGCUUUGGCCUCUGCAUCCUCGUCACAGCCCGACUCAUCGGCCACUCCGUCCUCAGCCACCCCUAGCACCAAGGUGGCAGCAUCGUCUGUCCCGAACCCACCAGUCCCCUCCGUCCCCCCCUCGAUGCCCGCCCCCAUCGGUUCUGGGUCCAACAAACGCAAUAGCCAGAGCGAUGACCCGCCGGAUGCGACGGACCCGGAGCUCGAGGGCUCCCAGUCGAAACGGCUGUGCUCCUCGAAGUCGGAAGUCAAGGUCUUGCCCGCGCAGUACGAACUGGCCGAGCCGCGAGACUUGGUGGUAUUGAUCUCCAGCAUGCUGAUGGAGUUGAUUCGGUUUAACGACAAGAUCCCACUGCACCAGGGCCGACUGACUCGGUUCCACUCGCGCUCGCCACCCCGAAUCUCCGUACAGGAUUACCUGCAGCGGCUGACAACCCACGCCACCCUCUCGCCCCCAAUCCUUCUCAGCAUGGUCUAUUAUAUUGAUCGGCUGUGUGCGCUUUAUCCGGCCUUCACCGUCUCGAGUCUGACGAUCCACCGAUUCCUGAUCGCCAGUGCCACGGUCGCUAGCAAAGGAUUAAGUGACAGUUUCUGGACCAACAAAACCUAUUCUCGAGUUGGCGGAAUCAGCAUGACAGAGCUGGCCAUGCUGGAGCUGGAAUUCCUAUUCCGGGUCCAGUGGCGAAUCGUCCCACAGCCUGAAGUGCUGGUCGACUAUUACCAGAGCCUCGUCGAGCGAUGCGAAGGCUUCAUUAUUGAACGCACUAGUGGUGGUUCCAAUGGCGUGCAAUUCUCGACCGUCAACGCUACGUCUAUUUCAUGA